AUGGGGAAAGCAUGUUCGCGGUUUGAUAAAAAAGAACAAGAUUACUGUCUUGAAAUCCUUAUGCUGGGGUUAAAUGGAUCAGGAAAAACCACGAUUUUAAACUACCUGGACGGAAAUUCUGAUGAAAUCCCUGCGCCAACGAUUACUCCAUCAUUUUCUGCUGGCACUAAUUUGAGCAAAGGACUGGAUGGACUCAGCAUUUCGAUUUGGGGUUUUUCAGGCGAUGAAAGAUUUAGACAGGAAUGGAUGCGCUUUGUUCGGGAGCCUCAGGUGCUGCUUUUCGUUGUGGAUAGUGCAGACACGUCAAGGAUCAAGGAAGUAAGUCAGUAUCUUAUAAGCAUUCUUGAACAUCCCAAAAUAGAGGGGAUUCCUGUGUUGAUUCUUGCCAACAAACAAGACGUCUCUGAAGCCCUCAGUAUAAAGCAGCUUGCCGAGAAGUUGUCUCUAGCACAUAACACAGCAAACCCUUGCGCUUUCCAAAGAGCGUGCUCUUUGACCGGCAAGGGCCUUUACGAAGCAAUUUACAAGCUGGCCGAUAUGGAUACGAAAACUUCGCGGCCGAAGCGCAGUUCAAAAGAGUUGGGACCUACGCUGGAUCUGGGAGGAUUUUCGCCGGAGAUAAUUAGAAGACUUGGUGCUAAGUCCAUCACUGUUCGUUAUGAGCAAAUACAACCUCUGUUUUUUUCUUGAAUUCAGUUUUAAGGGACUUCCGUCAUGCGUGAAGAGUUAUCAGUGUUGCUGUCUUGGUCAAUAUUGCCGUUAUCUCAGUGAUUUUUGACAAUCAAACGAAAUUUAACGAAUGUUGAGACAAUAGCAAUAGCGCUUUGCACUGAAUGACGUCACAAACUUUCUGGUCCCUGCUGUGCCUCAGGCAUGAACCUGUAUGGGAAAGUCACGUUCGGCAACAAAUUUCCGUCAUCUUUGAAGAUUUUUAUCGUUAAAAGAAACAAAAUCCGCGGGCUUCGAUAAUAUAUAUCUUUAAAAUAAUCAACUCGUUCCAAGACAACGUUAAACAUGGAAAAAACUGUAAAGAUCAGUCAUUUUAUUUCUUAUGCGGUGUCAAUACUGUGGGUAAAAUUAUGGUAGGGCAUUUUACUUAAAAAUGUGUGGAGAACAGGGUUUCAAAACUGUUUAUGACACGGUGCAAUAGGUUAAAUGUAAAGGCAAAGGUUUCUCACUUAUUUUUAGUCGAGUGCUUAUGUUACGCUAUUGAGUACUACAGGAUAUAUAGAAUACUGUAUUUGUCCCGCAUUCGUAUGGUAUCAGACCUGGCGGCACAAUAACAGAACAAAGUUAUAAAUUUCCGGUUUGUGCUAACGCUGGUGUGCUUUUCAGCUUAGAUAUUCUGUCACUGGUUUGCGACAAACACAUAGAAACUCGAUUUCCUCUUUAGCAAUUUCGGUUUUGGAGUAUUACACAGCCAUGUCAUGUUUCAGUGCACGGUGCUAUCCGCACUAAGACAUAGCCAGGGAUCCGAUUCAGUAGCCUUUUCAUCUUGAUCAAGUGCCUUUAUUUUCUGAUUUUAACCAUUUAUUUGAGUUACUUGGACCAUGUUUUGCUCCCUAUAGCAGUAGUGCCUUUUAUAUAUUGGAAUUAAUCUGAGAAUUAAGCUCAAAAAAGAUUUUAACAACGCUUACUGCGAAUUUCAUGAACAAUGUUCAUGUCGUUAAACGCGUGUUGCUCAUACAAAGCCUUUUAGUAGAAUGCAAAGUUUGUCUGAGUCACGCGGCAGGUCUAAGGUGACAAACUGACCUAUUGUUAUUAAUAGUGCAAAGCGCUAUUGCAAAAGAGUGUGCGCGUGGAGGACGAUGAAAAGAGGGAAAAAGGGGCAGCCUCUCUCCUUUUCAUCAUCCCCCGCGAGCUUUCUUUGCGCCUCUUCUCAGCUCAUGACACAAACAGUCCUCCGCGGAGGAGAAACACGUCUUCAAGUUCUAGUUUAUGUCUCAAUCAGCGUGUCCCAAUCUGCGCCCGAAUAUUAUAAUUUGCUCCACUGACUGACCCAAAUUUUGCUCCAACUAAUUAUAAGGUCGUGAAAAUUUGAACCGCAAAAAAUUCCCUUUAGUUAUUGAGCCUUUUCCGAUCGUGAGCACCACAAAAAGUCCUUUGUAAAAUAUCAGCUCGUAUUAGAACCUAAUUUUGGAAUGUUACAGUUUAACUAAAUAAAUAUCACAACGCCCUAAGUGAUCACAACGGGUGAUACACGGAUGCACGAAAACUUGAAGACGCCGCCGAAAAUAGUCUGAUCAGCUAUUGCAUUACAACUCAUCGAGAAAACCUUUUGAUUUCGAAUUAUGGGGAAAGCAUGUUCGCGGUUUCAUAAAAAAGAAGAAGAUUACUGUCUCGAAAUCCUUAUGCUGGGGUUAAAUGGAUCAGGAAAAACUACGAUUUUAAACUACCUGGACGGAAAUUCUGAUGAAAUCCCUGCGCCAACUAUUACUCCAUCAUUUUCAGCUGGCACUAAUUUGAGCAAAGGACUAGAUGGACUCAGCAUUUCGAUUUGGGAUUUUUCAGGCGAUGAAAGAUAUAGACAGGAAUGGAUGCGCUUUGUUCGGGAGCCUCAGGUGCUGCUUUUCGUUGUGGAUAGUGCUGACACGUCAAGGAUCACAGAAGUAAGUCAGUAUCUUAUAAGCAUUCUUGAACAUCCCAAAAUAGAGGGGAUUCCUGUGCUGAUUCUUGCCAACAAACAAGACCUUCCUGCAGCCCUCAGUAUAAAGCAGCUUGCCGAGAAGUUGUCGCUAGCACAUUACACAGCAAACCCUUGCGCUUUCCAAAGAGCGUGCUCUUUGACCGGCAAGGGCCUUUACGAAGCAAUUUACAAGCUGGCCGAUAUGGAUACGAAAACUUCGCGGCUGAAGCGCAGUUUAAAAGAGUUGGGACCUACGCUGGAACUUGGAGGAUUUUCGCCG